AUGAAGACUGUCUUGGUCCUAGCGAGUUUGGUGGCCCUAGCUUUAGCCGGGAGCAUUGUAGUUCCACAGAAAUCCUCUGUCGACUACAAGGUGAAAAAAGUUGACAAUGACUUCGUUGUGAGGCAACAACAACUUUUGAAGCUUUUGUACCACAGCAGCCAACUGAACCCUGAAGCUGAAUACUACAAAAUCGGAAAGGACUAUGACAUCGAAGCACACAUUGGUGAUUACACGAACCAAAAAGCUGUUCAAGAAUUCUUGAACUUAUGGAAAGUGGGAUUCCUCCCCAAGAACAUUCCUUUCUCGAUCUUCAACGAGAAAUCCAAACAAGAAGCCGUAGCUUUGUUCCACGUGUUUUACUACGCUAAGGACUUCAACGUCUUCUACAAGACUGCCGCUUUUACCCGCGUCUACUUGAACGAAGGCCAAUUCUUGUAUGCUUACUACAUUGCUGUGCUCCACCGUCCCGACACAAAGGGAGUUGUUCUCCCAGCUCCUUAUGAAGCCUACCCUGAACUCUUCACCAACGUUGAUGUUUGGUACAAAAUCAAUCGCGUCAGGAUGGAAAAAGGCAUCAACCCAGUUGAAUUCGGAUCCGAAUACGGUGUUGUCCAAGAAAACGACAAAUACGUCUUCUACGCUAACUACUCUGACUACUUUACCUACCCUGGUGAAGAACACAAGAUUUCGUACUUCACUGAAGAUAUUGGUCUUAACGCUUACUACUACUACUUCCACGCUUUCUUCCCAUUCUGGUUGGAGAGCGACGUACAGCCCGCUCUGAAGGAUCACCGUGGCGAGAUCUACUACUACUUCUACCAACAACUCUUGGCUCGCUACUACCUUGAGCGUCUAUCAAACGGUAUUGGUGAAAUUCCUGAAUUCGCAUGGGACAAGCAAAUUGUACCUGGUUACAGGCCAAUGAUGAAAUACUACAACAACUUUGUUCAAAGACCUAAAUACUACCAAAUUCCUUACGAAUCCCAAGUCAAGGAACUGCAAGUACUUAAAGCUUACGAACAGAGCUUCAUUCAGUACGUCCAAGAAGGCCAAUUCAAUGUAAAUAUUGCAUUAAUUAGUUGA